UCCAGCAGCGGGAGAGAGGCAGGUGAUGGGCCGCCCGGCUUCCUGGUGAAGGAUUGCGAGUCGGCCCGGCGCUCUGUUGGAAGUCUCGGCGGGGCGCUCGAACUGGAAAGCAGAAGGUUCGGGUGCUGGCAUGUCGCGCAGUCCUUCAGACUGGUGGGGAGUUUGGUUUCAGUCGCGAAUUGGGCUGUAGAGAGAGAGAGUAAGAGAGGGAGAGAGAGUGAGGCCUGGUGGUGCAACGUGGAGUAGGCAAGAACCGGAGGGUCUGAAAAGGCGCUACUUCCUUUUGAGGACUGUGCCUUCGGUCGUCUGGCGUUUGCACGUUACUGAUGCUCCAGAAUAUCUGACUGUAGCUUUCUUUUACCUCCUCUGUCUGUUGAAGGCAAUGAGCAAUGUCAGCAAGUCGAUUUGGCCACCUCUCUCAUUUCAACCCCUCAUUUUGCGAGCUUUACAUUGACUAAGGAUCUAUCUACAGUUUGUGUUUGACAUUGCUUGAAAAUUGCAUGAAGAAUUUCCAGCAACAAUGUCAGAGGAUCUAAAGAGAAGAUUUGAAUUCCAAAAUUCAGUAAUCCAGUCACAGGCUGUAGGACAUCUGGUUGCUGCCAUUUUAAAAGAAAAGGGGUCAUCAUCUUUGAUAAACUAUUCUUCAGAUCAGAGUCCUGCAUUGAACUUGUUGUGGGAGAAGUGCUGCUGUGACAAUGUGGUGGUUCGUGCAGCCUGCUGUGAGGCACUGGUUGCUCUUGUGGCACAGAACCAUGCUGAAUUUAAUUAUGUGCUCAAUGGAAUUUUGAAUCUAAUUCCUUCUGCCAGAAAUGUCCAAGGAUUGAUUAGAAGUAUUGGGAAGUUGUUACAGAUGCAAGUACAGAGUGCUGAACAAAGUGGAAAAAUGCCGUAUUCGUGCCCCUAUGCCAUCAGGAACCCUCCACAUCCAUAUAUUGUUGUAUUGGAAAACAGACCUGAUAGCUGGCCAUUUCUCCUUCAACAGAUAUCAGCUAUUUUUCAACAGCCUCCGGAGAGGUUAAAGCCAUCCAUUGUGCUUAUGAUGACACCAUUUUUCAAAUAUCUGUACUGUGAACCUUACUGCCUGCGAGAGAACUCCGAGCUUCGACUUAGUCUUCUUCAGGUUGUACUUCAGUCUCAAUCUGACAAGGAAAAGAAUGCACCCAAUCUGUUCACCCAGCAGAUGCUCCGCCUCUUUUUUGACCUCGUCCCACACUUACAGGUGACAAGCUUGGCACAGAUUACGGAAGCUGCUCUUUUUCUUAAGGAGUUAUCACUGGCUUUCCUUCACCAUCCUCACUUUUGGAAAACUGAGUUGGCUCAGCUAUCUCUGCAACUGCUGUGUGUCUGUGAAUUUAGCCUGAAAAUCACAGGAGAAUGCUCCUCCCUUAUUCAUCAAAUUCAGAUGAUUGUCAGCAUUGUUCCCAAGAGUAUUCCUGCUGAAGAGAUGCUUGUUGGACUGAGCUUACUUCUACUCCAUACUCCAGUGUGUCAGCAGCAGUUCAUUUUGAAUCUUGCAUUGAAGAUCCUGUCGUUGUCACCCAUGCGGACUUCACCCAAGGUAGCUCUGGUCCUAGUGAUGCCUUUGCUGCAGAUAGCAUCUUCUGCAGUGGUUAUGGAAUGUACAUCAGAUGCAGAUGUUACUGUGAUCAAUCAGCAACUAGCUGUGAAACUGCUUGACAUCAUCCGGAAUGAGGAAAUUGAGUUUGUAAGCAGACAGAAGUCUUCACCUGAACUUGCAUUUCCCAUUAUUGGUUGGUAUAAAACUCUCAUUGCAGCUUGGAAACUGCUGGAUGGUUUCGGUACAAAUGUCGACUCCACUUCAGUUUGGUUGACUUCUGUCAAAUCAACGCUGGCUUUAAAUGACAAAGUUCCUGAACACAUUACUCUCCUGAUUGCUUAUGUAAUUUUAAGAGAGGAUGGAGAGUGUCUUCAGAAGGCUCUGGAAACUGUUGCAGAACUGGCUAAGGCUGAUGCUUCUCAGGUACCACACCUCAUUUCUGUUUUGAUGUUCAAAUUGGGAAGACCUCUGGAACCAACUUUGUGUCACGCUAUCCUUUAUACUCUUCCUGCUCUGGGCACACACAAGGUUUGUGUUGCUCAGAUAAUUCAUGCCAUACAAAUGAUGUGGAAAACUCCAAAACUUAAAGCCAUAUCUCUGCGCCUUAUGACAAUUCUAUGGGAAAAUCAGGAUCGUGUGUAUCCAGAGCUGCAGAAAUUUAUGGCAUUAGUUGAUGUCCCAUCUGUCUCAUGUGCAAAAGAAGACCACUGGGAGCAGUUAAUAGCUAAAGCUGCAUCAAUCAGGGAGAUUUGCAGAAAGAGGUCUUACCAGCAUGGAGCUGAUAUGUUGGCAGCAAUCUCCAAGGUGCUGAAUGAAUGUACAAAACCAGACCAGGCUACACCUGUAGUGCUUGCACUCCAGGGGCUUCAUGCAUUGUGUCAAGCUGAGGUGGUUGAUGUUCGUUCCACAUGGCAUGCUCUGUCUUCGAAGCUCAGCUGUGACACACGACCUCUGGUUGUCAGAGCCUUGACUGAAAUAUUUGCUCUGGUUCCUUCGCUAAAUGUUAAAUCCACAGAAUAUGAGAAAUUUAGAGAGCAAGUUGUCAGCAUGUUGUGGAGCCACAGUCAGAACAAGAACUCCCUCAUAGCCAGCUCUGCAUACAAGGCUCUUUCUGCUUUCAGUUCUGAGGAACACACAAUUCUUCACUUACCAGAAGAGGUACGGCCAGAGAGAAAAAAUGAUUAUGGAAUGGAUGAUGAGAUGGAAUUAAAUACAGAAGAAGAGGAAAAAGAAGAAGAUCUUUCAGUUCCAGGUGCAUCAUACAUAAAGCUACUUUUAAGGACCCCACUGUCGGUGUUGUCUGCUUUUGAAGAGUUUUUGUCAUCCCUUGUGAACGAGGAAUUAACUGUAAUGCCCCGUGGGAUAUAUUAUUCGGCACUGCGAGGUGGAAUCAUACGUUCUGACCAAGGGAAGACAAUAGCAGGGAUUCCCAACUUCAUGCUCAAGACUUAUGAGAAGAACAAACAACCUGGACUAAAAUCUGGGCUGGCAGCUGGACUAUUACUUUGUUAUGAUCUACACAUUCAGACUGACAAAGAUGGCAAGCCUAUUAAUCGUUUUCUUGUUAGUAGAGGUCGUAGUUACCAGCAGAUGCUUGCAGCCCUAAUCCAUGAGGUGCCUAUUCAACCUUCUGAAUGGCAUAAAUCAAUUUUGAUGCCUCAAGCCUGGCUAGGAUUUAUGGGUAGAACAUAUCAGGCUGUUCUGCAGGGGAGACAGGCCGAGCUGGAGAUGCAGCAGAAGCAUGGGAAAGGUGAUCCAGAGGAGCUCCAGUAUAAGCAGUUCAUAUCCUGGCUCUGGGUCAGGGACAUGCUAACUGACGUAGUUAAAUCAGCAUCAAAGGACAGCCCAGUUGUGCAGGGAAAUUCCAUCCUUGCCUUAACAGGACUUGCUGUGACAGUGGCCAAACACGAAAGCAGCUUGCCAUCUGAAGCUAAUGAUGCCCCUGAGAUUGGGACUGAAGUUUUGCCAACAAAGCAUUGGAUAUCCAUGGUGGUGGAGACGCUGCUGAGCAUUGUUGACAGCCGUUACCGUCCAAAAGGACGUAUCUUCCCAUGGUUCCAACAUAAAUCUUAUUCUGGAGAGAGCACAGCCAGUGCCAUAGCUCGCUCCUGCGCUGCUAUUGCUUUGACUCUCCUUGUUCCUGUUUUCAUCACAUCGCACAAAGAAAUUAUGGAGGAGGUCCUCGGCAUUUUCACUGCAGGCUUACCAGGAAAACCAAAUGCCGAUGAGACUCAAGCUGUUCAGUUUCAUACAGGACUGGCCAUGGGAAUGUUCCUAUCCCGUUUACAUGAGGAACGAAUGAGUGAUGUUUCAGCGCAGAAGAUGAAUUUACUGCUCAUGAAAUCCCUUGAUGCAUUGGAAAAAUGUUGCUUUGAUAUGAGCCUGGAAUACAAUACAGGAUGUAUCCUGGGAGUUGGCCUGGUUCUUUCCCUCAUGAGUCACAGCAGCCAAACAGAGGCCCGUGUGCAUGUUUCUGUCACCCUUGGGAAACUCUGCACUAGCUUGGAUGAAAGUCUGACUCAGAGCAGAGUACUGCAGGAGGUUCUGGCUUAUUCGGUGGCAUGUGUAUGUAUUUCUGCUUUCAGUGCUGGUAUCAUACAGCCUAAUGAAGCCGAGGAGAUCAUGAACAAGCUGCGGACUUUGACAGAACAGAGCCAACAGACUCCUGGCUUUGCAAUGGCUCUGGGAAAUGUAGUCCAUGGGUUGGCAGUUUGUGGGCAUGGCAAGGCUGAAGACCUUCAGAACCGACUGCUUUCUGCUUGGCUGAAAAUUCUUCUAGCUGAGGGUUGCCCAACGAUGCAUCGAUUAGCUGCAGUAAACGGGCUUGUUGCUUUGGUGGGAUCUGAAAGUUCUGUGAUACAGCUGAAGUUGGAUACGAUCCAGUCAUCCCACUUUCAAUCAAAGAUGAAUGAAGUUAUCAGAGCAGUGACACAGAUUAUUAGUUUUUCUGGAGUAAUUGGACUACAAUCCAAUGCUGCCUUUGUUUUGGGUCACCUUCAUUUGACCAACAUGUCAUCCAGUCAAAGUCGGACUUCAGUUCCUCCAGAUUUUGGGUAUUUACCAGAAAAGAGUGUCCUCAGAUGUGCUACUGAUUAUAUUAUUGAAGCAGGAAAGAAAGGUCCUGAGUCAAUUCCUCCCCAGCUAGUGAAGAUUUUGUUGGGACCAAUUGCUGGAUGUGGGAACAGUUAUCAAUAUCCACCUGUGAAUUGGGCUUCAAUUCUAUCUCCACUUAUGAGAUUGAAUUUUGGUGAAGAUGUCCAGCAGUAUUGCAUUGAAGUAGCAGUGACCCAGGCUCAGACAUCCCAAAGUGCUGCAAUGUUUUUAGGAAUGUGGAUAGCACCACCAUUAGUGCAUGGCAUUACUCUGGCAAUGAGAAAAUAUCUCUUUACUUCUCUUGCUUCUUGGAUGAAACAUGUGCCAGAGGAUAAACUUCAGACAUUUGUUGAAGUCCUUGCAGUCCAAUCCUUCACAACAGAAAACAGGCAGGGAAGCCCAGAACUUUGCCAUUCAAUUCUGCAGGGGCUAAAUGAAGCCAUGAAGGUGCCCAAUCAAGUGCAGCACAGCUGGGGCAUAUUAUGCAAAAGUGUUGAGAAGAUUUUUGAGAUGCUGCCCAAUGAAAUCCAGGUCAAUGAACUGAAGUUUUAUGUUGGAAUUUCCAAAUGUCUUUCUGAGUUCGGUGACACUGAGAUAGACAGAGUGACCCAGGCAACCAAGGACACAAUUGUGAAGGCCACCUUUGUCAGAGGAUAUUUAGUUUCCCAGGGCCGAGUUCCACUGUUAUGCUUUAACGACAUCAUCACUACUGCAAUAGGCACCUGUCAGUUAGAGACUGUUACCUGGAUUAUGUUGCAGAGCUUUUACCAGUCUCGACUUGUCAGCCACCAAAACACAGGUGUAAUAAAACGGAUGGAAUGGCUAUUGGAGCUCAUGGGACAUAUUCGAAAUGUUGCGUAUGGGUCAGCUCCCAUACAGAAGUCAGACCCUAAAGAGGCCACGGACUUUGUGCUGCACAUAUUUGCAGCUGCUGUUGCUGCAUGGAGUGAUCACGCCACACCACUGAUGCUGGGUGUUAAGGCCAGCUGGCUACCCUGGAUUGAAGGGAAACAUUUUACCAACAGGAUGCAAUCUCCUAUCGGAGCAAGUUCCCUGGAUUCCUUGUCUGUACAUCAGUGUCUUCAGAUUCUACCACAAAGCAUUCUCUUACUUCUGGCUAAACAGCCAUGGAAAGACCAAACACAAAAAUUCAUUGAUUGGUUCUUUGUCAUAGUAGAAAGUCCACAUGGAUCGAUACCAGUGAAUACAUUGAAUACGAUCAAAGCAACGCUACUGGCUCUGCGGUUUUUGCCCGAGUACAAGAAGAAGGCGGUUUGGACUCGCACAUACGGCUGGUAGUUGCCGAUUUGUUCGCCAUCUCCUAUUUGAAGCUGAUCAGAUUAGCUGUUUUUGCCAGCAAACUAAGGCUCUGUGGGUGCAAAUGAAAGGAAGUAUCGAUUUGAUGAUACUGUCACAUGGCAUAAAGCCAAUCAGAGCCAUAGAGUUCAAGCUGUUUGCUACUAAAAUUGCUCUAGAACUUGCAUAUUUGUCACAUGCAAGUCAGUGAUUCCAUAUGAAGAGAUACUUAAACAGUUCUUAUACCUUACAUGAUGUAAAUGUGAUCUAUUUUGAAGCUAUCACCAGUGUGUAGGCAAUACAUUUGAAAAUAGACAAAUUUACCUUGUGGUUUGAAGAUUUGUUGCUUGACCGGUUAAAUCCUAAUUGUCAUUUAAGGUAUUGAUAUAUGGCUCCUGGAAGAGCUGUCUGUUAUUUCAUGCCAGCAUCUUGUGUACUACAAAAAAAACUGCUUCUGCAAAUCAAAUUGAUGAAAUAAAAAUAGCAGUUCAUGUCCAGAAAGUGUAAGCUUGAAGGUCCUAUAUCAUUAGCGUUGAUUCUGUAUAACUGAAAACCACCUCAACCCAAAGGAUUUUCUACACUACACAGUUUUCAGGUUGUAUGUUUCAAGCUUUGUGGAUAAUAUACUUUACAGAUGGUUAUAAUAACCUGCAUUUGUGUAAUAGUUUGAACACAGGAAUAUAUCCAUGGCAUUUUGCAGGAGCAUUAUUAUCAAAAUUUAAUGCUGAACCCCUCUUGAAGCAAAUUAUAGUAAGAUUUUAAUGAGUAAACAGAGGUAGAGAAGUGAAGGGUUAGAGAGUGUUCCAGAGAUUAGAGCCUUGGCAGCCUAAGUUAUGGCUCUUGAGGAUGGAAUAAUUAAAAUCAAAAAUGCACUAAAGGCCAAAUUUAGAGCAAUGCAGAUUUCUCUUGCUGGAGAGACUAUGGAGGAAAUAAGAAAAACAAGCAUGGGAGUUUUUAAAUUGAGCAUUUCUUAAUGGAGAGCCCAUGUAAGUCAGUAAGCAUCUGGCUGAAGCAUGAUUGGGACUUGGUAUAUGCUAGGAAACAGGCAAAGGAAUUUUGGAUAAUCUUAUGUUUGUGGAAAAUAGGAAGCUGACCAGGAGUCCAUUGGAACAGAAAGAGCAAAGACGUGAAUUAGGGUUUUCAAUAGCAGAUAGGCAGAGCUGAGUUGUGAAACUAACAGACUCAGUGCAGACAUGUGAUCAAAAAUUCAUCUUGUGGUUCAACGUGGCUCUAAGCUUGUCUGGUUCCGCCUCAACAGUGGCCAGGAGAGGGAGGAAAUUGGUGGUUAGUGGGCAGAGUUUGUGGCAGGAGCCCCCAGUGUUUACUUGGAGCUAACAUGCUCAUCUUCAUAAUCAGUUACCACUUUAUCCUUUACAAUGCCAGUUCCCUUCCCCACUCCCAUCCCCACCCACCUGGCAAGAUCACUUUUAGGGAAAUUGCAUACCAUUCUUAGCUCGGAUGAAACCCAAAACUACAUGUCUUCCCUUAAGCCUGACAAUGCAUUUUGAAAUGCAGACUGUGCUUAUGAACUGUCAAAGACACAACUACAGCUGUGGUCCAAGGAGUAAUUGAAUUUCAUCCACACAAGCACAUUGUGCAGUUUUAUGCUGUACAUUUUAUCUUAGAGAUCUUGUCAUGGCCCUUUAAACAUGUGAACAUAAAGAAUUCAGCUAUCAUAAUAGAAAGGAAACUAGUUUGUUAAAGCCUCUUUUCAAACUUUAGUCCAAGAUUGCAUGGAUCUGUAGCUUUUGUUGUUUUUGUAUUCGUAAGAAGUUAAAAGUUUGACACAUUAUCGUCAUGGAUACAAAUUAAUUUAAAUGUUUAAGUUUCAUUCAUUAUUAAGAGACAACAAUAUUUCUAUAAAAGAACUACUUUACAAAACAUGAUGUUGAUUGAAGAUCACAAUGAUGGCAAGACUUAUUCAAGACUAUUAUCACUUCAGUAUUCACUGUGCAUUCUGUUAAAUGCACUGAGUAACAUAUUAGAGAAAGUAUCCAUUAGGUCAAAAAUUCAAUGAUACAAACAUUUUAUUUACUGGCUUCUAUCUUACCUGCGAUUAAAAAAAAAUAAAAUACAAGGCACAACUACUGAGUUGAAAAGAAAAUACAGCAAAUACACGCUUACAAUAAAAAUUACUAUGAGUUAGUAAUAACCUCUGGUAUGUAGUUGCAAAUGAGAAAAUAAAAUUAACCAAAAACUUUGUUAC